CCCAGCUUCGAUCUUUCUACCGAUUCAGCUUGAUCCCGCGCGACUGAAUUGGUCUCGCCAUGCCGAACGGAACAGUAUCCAUCUGCAAAUUCGUGGGGACGAUAAGUCUCGGGCUACUUACGGGCGUGUCGGCUUCCCUCUCGACAAUAGCCCUUCCGUCCCUUCUCACUCUCCCCACCGCCGUAACCGCCCGCACAACCCUCACGUACCUAUCGUCCAAGACGCGCGUGCUUUCAUCCUACCUCCGCCACAUUACGACCUUCACGCUCUUCUCCGCAUAUCUUCUAUCGCCUCGACGCUUCCGACAUCCGUAUUUGCUCUAUACGUCGAUCUUCGCCUUCGUAUCAGGUCCAGGCGUGGACUAUGCGAUCUCCUACCGGGAAGGAACGAACGAGCGGAGAACAACGUUGGACCUGGAAGCACAAGGCGACGACGUCAAUGGAGAGCAGGUGCGGCAGGCCGUCGAGAAAAUGAGGUUCACCGAGAGCGUGCGAGCAGUUGUCGCCGGUGUUGCGUUCGCCAUCGAGGUCGUUGGUAUCUGGGGAGAUGGCGCGUAGGGACCAUCAGCAUGUGUUUAUGAAGGUGGAGGAUUGAAAUACCUGUAGCAUUCUUUGGUCAAAGACGAAUUGAAACGUUGGAGUUUAGUGCAUCGAGGUGUAGCAUGAGUGUUGCUCUUCACAAACUUGAGGUCUGAUGAAAUGGAAUGGAGGGUGGUUAUCGGUAUGAGGUAUAGUUUCGGACUCUCCUAUCAUUCGGAAUCUCAG